AUGGCGAUCGCCGGCGUCUUCUUCCUCUUCUGGGAGGGGCUGCGAAGAUCGAUUGAAGGAGAUUGCGAGCUUGCUUUCCGGCGAACCCUUCUCGUUCCCAGCAGCUCGUCACCGGCAACAAUCCGUCAGAAGAGCGACAACAUCGUCAGUCGCCGUGAAUGGGGGUUCAGCAGUUUCGAUUUGUGGGAGGAAAGGAAGAGGAUGGUGGGUUUGGGUGGUGCUUCAUCUACCGGAGGGGAGAAGAGGCUCCGAUGGCCAUUCAGACCCAGGGGGAAACAGUUAAAGAGGUGGGAUGGCGGCGAUGUUGCAUUGGCUCGCCAGCAGUCGCCUUCGAUGGAGGAUGUCCUCGACGGAACUGCUUUGACCUCCGGGAAUGGAAGCAAGGAUUCACUUUGUUGUGAAUUUGAUGUUUGAUAGGAAAAGGAACAAAGAAGAACAAAGGUGGUAUGAAUUCUGAUGGCCGGAAAACUCCAAUUCCGGUGGUUCUUCUUCCACCGUGAGAGAGAGAUGGAGAGAAUGGAGAGAUUUAGAGUACAAUGUCCAAUUGGUUCAAGAUUUGAUACAUGUGCAAUUGGGAUGAUCAUUUGUGUAAUUGUGUAAAAAGUGAGGAUCGAGAAUGAAUGGGAAAAGAAGCUGGACACUUUCAUGUACCAAUAGAUCUUUUAUUACACCUCUC